CGCAAUGGACACGCAGCUCUUGAGUGGAUUGAACACCGCUCAAAGGGCUGCAGUCACAUCCAAAGCAACGGUACUGCAAGUUCUUGCACCUCCCGGGUCAGGCAAAACCAAGACCCUCACCUGCCGGGUCGCGAACCUCAUCGCCAACGAAGGCCUCAACCCUCAGAAUGUUAUCUGCUGUACCUUCACCAUCAAAGCCAGUCGGGAGAUGCGCGAGAGACUCAGGGACCUGAUCGGAUGUGAACUUGAGGCGAAGUUGGUCCUGGGUACCUUUCACUCCAUAUGCCGUCGAUACCUCGUCGCCUACGGACACCUCAUUGGCAUACCCAAAGGCUUCGGGAUUGCCGACUCAUCCGACAGUCUAAGUAUCAUCAAGCGCAUCGUCAAACGGUUAAAACUAUCGAUCGAACCCAAAGCGGCGCGGGGCAAGAUUUCAAGUCACAAGGCCAAGGGCAAAAAGUUGGAAGCCCUUCCAAAGACACCGCAGAAACAGGUGGAGAGACAGGAAUUCAUAACGGUUUUUCACGAGUAUGAGGCGGCUCUUGCGACGUCAAAGCUUUUGGAUUAUGAUGAUUUGCUUCUACGAUGUGUCGACCUACUUCGAGCCUUUCCCGGCUGUGUGAGCAAUGUGGAAGCCCUCCUGAUCGACGAAUUUCAAGACACAAACGUGGUGCAGUUCGAGUUGAUGAAACAGCUAGCGACCGCUGCGAGAAGGGUCACCGUCGUUGGAGAUCCUGAUCAGAGUAUAUACGGAUUCCGAGCUGCUGAAAUCGAAAAUCUUCGGCGUAUGAAAGCCUUCUAUCCUGAAACUGUGGUGAUCAAUCUGGAAGAAAACUAUCGUUCAUCAUCAUCUCUUCUGAAGCUUGCACAAGAUGUCAUCGAACAAGACACAGAUCGACCACAGAAGCGGCUUAAAGCGACACACUGCAAUGGUACUCCGCCUGUUCUGCGCCGGUUGCCAAAUCCAAAUGAAGAGGCACUCUGGAUCGCCAGUGAAAUUAAAAGAAUGGCAACAAUGACUGGGGAUCUUUUGUUAUAUUGGGAUUUCGCCAUUCUACUCCGAUCCGCAUACCUGUCUUUGCUCAUCGAAAGGGCUUUGAGUAACUCUGGAAUCCCCUAUCGCAUGGUCGGGGGCCAACGCUUUUUUGACCGUGUUGAAAUCAGAAUCAUCAUUGAUUAUCUUCGAACUAUCAGCCAUCCCGACAACAAUCAAGCUCUUGUCUCGAUCAUCAACGUGCCCUCGAGGAAGAUAGGAGAGACCACACUCGCCGAAUUCAUGAAGAUAGGAGAGCAACGAAAAAUCUCAUUGUGGGCCGUGAUUCAACGAGUGCUCGUCGGGGAUAUCAAAGCGGAAAAGACGUCCAAGCAUGCCGAGCAGGAACUUGGGCGCUUGGUGGCGUUGAUCAAGAAUGCAAGACAGAAAAUGGAAAGCAUGAUGCCCGCCACCGUUCCCAGCAAGUUGAUCGAUUUGGUUAUAAAAUCUCUAGAUCUGGAAGAUUACAUCAAGAAAAAGUACAAGGAUGACCAUGAAGAUCGUCUUGAAAACAUCAAAGAACUCAUCACACAUGCCUCCGAGGUGUUGUUGCAACCUUCUGAGGAAACACUCGCACAGGUCGACGGCGUUGAACAGCAGGUCUCCGAUGGUGGUCAAGAGGUGCUUGCACAAUUCCUGGCCAACAUCGUCUUGUCUACCGACACGGAUAAAUCUGAAGAAGGCAACGACCAACCGCGUGUCACAAUUUCGACCAUACAUUCUGCCAAAGGUCUCGAGUGGCCGGUGGUGUUCAUUCCUGCUGUCUACGAAGGGUCAAUACCACACUCACGGGCGGAAGAUAACGACGAGGAACGGCGUCUGCUCUACGUUGCCAUGACACGAGCCCAAGCACUUUUGACACUGUCGUUUCCUUUGACGCAGUCGAGAGAUCAGGGCGAUUCUAUGUUGACACAGUUCUUACCGCCACAGAUCCAUCAUCACCUCGCAGAGACCGGACCAAUGUUCAGCGACAAGGUUGUCAGGGACAUUGCCAGUAUCCUUCGUCGUGCGACGCCGAGUCAAGAGGCGCUUGUAAAGGGUCUACAAAGUCUGAAAGCCAACGAAAGUCAAUCUGACGACGUUUGGCCUACCGACGGCAGUCGUCGCGCCGUGGCCAUGUUUCCUUCAGGAGCUCAAGCAACGACCCCGGAAUUUGGUAGGCCAUUGGCAGAGGCGGUUGCUAUGGCCAAGAGAGAAUUGCAUUCUCACAAGUCGAGUUUUGGCAAUAGUUCCACCUCGUUCUCUACGUCAAAUGUGACCAUGGGGGGUUUCAAAACGGCGAGUGAUCAUUUCAGAACGCUGCCCCCGGAGCUGACGAGAUCAUCUUCGGAGGCACUGCUGCCACCAUCGAAGAAACCCAAGCUAUCAAAAUCAACAUCAGCACAGGGGAACAUUGCUACUUUCUUUGGGAAACCGGCGGGCCAGGCUCAGACUCUGCCUGUCACGGAACGUGUUGCCCUCACCAGGACAUCAGUACAGCCGAACCAAGAACGACGAUGGCCCGUCAAGUCUGCAUCACAGUCCACGAGAGUGCCGGCCGAAUUACCAAUCGAUAACAAACCGACAGAUAUCCCAAAGGAAUUCGCGUCACAUAGAUUGAACACUGGCAACCCAUUCGCGUACAAAAGACCCUCGACGUUGAACAAGACCAGCAACAACAACAACACCCAAAGUCGGUAUGCAAACAUAUACGGUACAUCCUCGCCGCCGCCGCCGCCGCCGCCGCCUGAACCCGAAGAGGUCAAGGUCAACCUUGGGCGAAAUGGUGGCCCAACUCCUCAAGGUGAAAAUCAGGGGCAAGAGCAAGAGAAUCGAACCUUUGUCCAGACAAAGGACAGUCGUCCAAGAUCUCUGAACCCCAAGGGGAACAUCACAGCUUGCUCGACGCCCAGGACAAACUACAUCAUGACGCGACCGGCGGGCACCAUGCACAGUACGACCGUGUCUUCGGUUCGGCGGCACGGGAACACUGGGUCUGGUGGGAGGUCCGAGUAUGCCAACUCGAACUUGAAACGCAGGACUCUUGGGGUACGUCAAGGUUUUGGUGGAUGGGAUGCCAGGAAGCAUAAAUAAAAACACCGUCCUCACGUACCCCCGUACUUCUUUUUUUCGCGAGCUCUUUUGGAGACGUGGGGGGUCAUGAAGUUUUGGGACAUUGAGUCAGUCUUGCUUGUCUUUUUCCCUGUCCGGUUCCAAUUGGGCAUAGCCGGCUGGAUGGGUGUGUUGUAUCGCUUGUAACAAACCGGAUGUCUCGAUAGGUAUUGUAUUGGGGUUUUUUUUGGUGGGUUCAACAAAACCCAUUUGACGACGACGACGACGACCUAUAUGAAACUAUCCUUCAAAUCUUCAAGUUUUUAGGAUAAAUGGUAUUCCUCCUUUCGGGUGUGGAAAGGGGUCUCUUUACAGGAUCACUACUGUACAAGCUAAAAGCAGCUUGGUGUGGUUUGGAUGGUCGUUGUGAGUUAAUUGUUAAAUCUAUACUCCGUUUCCCCCUAGGAAGAAGAACAACAACAACAACAACAAAGCAAGUGAUAAAACCCACCUUCAAGUCACCUAAACCUAGAAUGAUGAAAUUUUAAAAGAGAG